AUGGCCAUUCUGAAGCUGCAGAAUGUGAGCCCCUCAAGGUCAAGCACCACACCACUUGAUUUGUUUAAUAGGAACGUCAGCUUGCACCUUGUACAGAACUUGAGUUCCAUUAAAUUGAAAGUGACUCUCUUCCUCGGCGCUGCCUGUGGAGGUGGCGGCCAUCUCUUACCCGGCAUCACGGCUGCCCUCUGGCCCCUCGUGAAACCCAAGAUCGUCAAAAAGAGGACCAAGAAGUUCAUCCGGCACCAGUCAGACCGAUAUGUCAAGAUUAAGCGCAACUGGCGGAAACCCAGAGGGAUUGACAACAGGGUGCGGAGGAGGUUCAAGGGCCAGAUCCUGAUGCCCAACAUCGGUUAUGGCAGCAACAAGAAAACGAAGCACAUGCUGCCCAGCAGCUUCCGGAAGUUCCUGGUCCACAACGUCAAGGAGCUGGAAGUGCAGCUGAUGUGCAAUAAGUCCCACUGUGCUGAGAUCGCCCACAACGUCUCCUCCAAGAACCGCAAGACCAUUGUGGAACGGGCAGCCCAGCUGGCCAUCAGAGUCACCAAUCCCAACGCCAGGCUGCGCAGUGAAGAAAACGAGUAGACGGCUCAUGUGCACACUGUUUGUUUCUAAAUAAAGCCACAAACACCCCCCCAAAAAAA